AUGGAUAAUGAUAUAAACCUAUUGGACAUUCCAUUGUCUUGGCUUACAAACGAAUCUCGCAAUUUGUUAUCAUAUUUACUAAACACGAGAAAAAUAUUGCCAAGUGAUACUCCAGAGAAAUUGCCCAGAGAUUGGCGAGGACUUGCAUCUUUAGUGAACAUAUCAGCAGAAAUAGCAGCCAGUAUCAAUGACUACCCUGAUAAAACUGCCAAAGUCUUAGAAAUAUGGACAAAACUAAAUCAAAACACUGCCAAAGUUGGUUACCUCAUGCAGUUCCUUCAAUAUUUGGACAGAUAUGACAUAUUUGAUGACUUGAUUGAACUUUAUAGACAAGGAAGGCUAAUAGCAAGGCCAAAUGAAAAUCACGGAAGCCCAUCUUUAGAGGCUCCAGAGGAUGAUAGACUUAUCACUUAUGAUGACAAGUUGAGUGGUGAACCACAAUUUUAUCAUGCCUACGUACUUUACGCACGGGAGGAUAAAGAGUUUGUGGAUGAACUAUUAAGGCGGAUGAGAGCGGAUGGCUUAAAGUUAUGUACAGAAGAUGAUUUGCUACCGGGUCAUGCAACACAGUACGCCCCGGUAUCCCGGCUCAUAUCCGAGCGAUGCCAGAGGAUUAUCCUGGUGUAUUCUCCCGAGUUCCUAAAUAGUCCUGCUAAUAGUUUUUACACAGACUAUGCACAAGCUGUAGGCAUAGAGAAGAAACAGUUGAAGAUUAUUCCACUUAUGUACCGUGACUGUCAAUUGCCCAUGCAGCUAACUUAUUACCACAAGCUAUACUACAGUCCCCCUGGUCACAAAGCGCCCUAUGACUUUUGGCAGAAGCUGAGCCAUUCCCUCCAGCUAACCAAUCUACCCAGGUUAAACAGCACAAGCUCAAGCCAUUCUACAUUCAAUAUAUCAGAAGUAUCAUCAAAUAGUAUGUUUGAAUCGAGACAAAAUUUAAAUGGCUACACUACGAACAAACCCCCAUAUUUAGAGUUACCAAGCAUACCAACUACGAAGAGUAUCUCUAUGUCUGAACUUGAUAGUUGCGAAAUUAAAAAAAUACCACUCGACGACAGUAAAUCAUUAAGCAACGUGAGUCAAAUAAGCACAGACGUUGCAGAAUACGGAUCUUUAGACGUUGAAGGAUACGAAUCUUUAGACGUUGAUGGAUACGGAUCUUUUGACGUUGAAGGAUACGGAUCUUUUGACGUUGAAGGAUACGGAUCUUUUGACGUUGAAAGAUACGGAUUUAUUAAAUUCAAUGAAAUAUUAGGUGGAAUGUGGAUUCGAAUCAGUAUCACUCAGACUGAUCUGCUGUUACAAGGUGUCGCAGUUGUUGCAGAUAUACUAAUAAAAGAGUUGAACCAUAUAAGCAAAGAAACAAGCAAUGUAAGAAGAAAGAAGGAACGCAAGAAGAGAUCGAUUUGGACCCGCGAAUGGAUAUUAAGGCUUGAAAAGCUGGGAGCAUCAGAUAAUUUUCUCCAAGAAGUACGCAUGGAAGACAAGGCCACUUACAAGAAUCAUUUGAGGCUGAACGGUGAACAAUUUGACUAUCUGUUACAAAAAGUAACGUCAAAAAUACAGAGAGCUGAUACAGUCAUGAGAGCUGCUCUACCUGUCAAAAUAAAGCUACAAAUAGCUAUGCACUAUUUUGCAACUGGAGAUAGUUUUCCAAGCAAGUUCCAAAGAGCACCAUAUCCAAGUUUCUGCCAGAAGUGCUAG